UUCAACCAUAGUACCCAAACAAAAUUUUUAAUCAACAUAUAUUCAAUGUACUGUUGCGUUAAAGUUAUAAAAUUUUCAUUAAUUCUACGUGAAUUAAUCAGAUAUGAACUGUAUACAUUUAUUGAUACAUUAGAAAAUAAUGUCUGGUCUAGUGAAGAAUUAGAAAAAGUAUUGUUAGAAUGUCGUUUUAGUGUAGAAGAAGCAAAAACAUUAUACCUGGAUUCUGUAAGUGCAUUAGAUUCUGUUCUUCAAUUUGGUCAAUCGUCAUUACAAAUUUCAUUUAUUAUGGAAGCUAAUACUGUUCUUCAUAUCAUGUCAGAAAGAGUUUAUGAAACAGAAAAAUUGUCUACAAUAGAAGACAUUAAGAAGAUAGAAAAUAAAUCAUCAUAUCUACUAACAACAACUUUAGAGAAAUUCGGAUUCUGUAAGUGCAUUAGAUUCUGCUCCUCAAGUUGGUCAAUCGUCAUUACAAAUUUCGUUUAUUAUGGAAGCUAAUACUGUUCUUAAUAUCAUGUCAGAAAGAAUUUAUGAAACAGAAAAAUUGGUUAUACAUUAAAUUAUGCCAGAAAACUAGAGUACAAUGUGUAAAAAAUAUAUAGGUGUUACAAAAUUUUUCUAACAAUUAUUUUACCAUUUAUAAUACCAAUUAUACAAUUAAUUUGCCUUUAAUUUUGAACAUGAUUUAUUAAUAUUUUUUCUUUUUCUUUUUAAAAUUAAAAGUAUAUUUAUAAUAAACAUUUGUUUUUAUAAUUUUUCUUAUGCGAUUAAC